AUGUCGGAUGAUGUUUGGAAUGAUGAUAUCGCUUAUGUGUUCUCUACUCAUAGAACAUUUAUGCAAAUACUCGGUAUAUGGCCGUUACAAAAGAGGACGAUAGUCACGAUAAUCCAAUGGAACGUAAUGAUAUUUCUACAGCUUUCACCACUCAUCUUCCUGUUUAUGGAAUUCACUGGAAAUAAUGGUGAUACCGGAUCAAAUAUAGAUGCCAUAAUAUAUCUUUCAUGUACAUUGAAUUUAAAUUUGAAAUAUAUCGCUAUUGCUGCCAACGGAGGAAAGUUAACUAAAAACAUUAAGGCUGCUGUUGCUGAUUGGGUGUCUGCAAAGAAUGAUGAGAAAUCGUAUAAAAUCAUGAAGAAAUAUGCAUUUAAAUCCAGAUUGUAUACUCUUUUGAUGUUGUAUUCAUCUUUCGUAUGUGGUUCCCUCUAUCUGCUGUCCGUCUUAGUUAUGAACUUAAUAGAAAUAUUUUUACAAGAUCAAAUGAUGAACGUAUCAAAUGGAUUACGUAUAAUAUUUUGUUUAAAACAUCACUAUUAUGUCGAAUUAAUGAAAAGUAUUCUAGUUUUAAACUAUAUGCUUAUGGAAUCGCUGUUGUAUUGCUAUGGCGGUGAUUUUAUACAAAAAGGAAGUGAAGAUAUAUUCCAUGCAAUGUUUAAGGCUUCCUGGUUUACACUUCCCGCAACGAUGAUGAAGGACUUGAACUUUGCUAUGAUGAGGUCAAGCUAUCCGUUUCGUUUCACUGGUGGAAAAUUUUUCUACACCAAUUGCGAGGCAAUUGUGUUGGUCAGUGCGGAAGGACUAGAUGCAUAUAGACGUAGUAAUUUGCUUCGGGGCAAAAGUAAGCCAUCGACCCGAACAAUAUCCGGUCACGCAGGACUACAAUUUUUCUUUUUGAGGUCGAAACCAACUAAUACAUUGCCGAACAUGAAGACAAAUUGGAACAGUGAUAUAGAUUAUGGUUUCUCUACGAUAAAAUCGAUGAUGUGGAUACUUGGUUUAUGGCCUUUACAGCAGGAUAAUGUAGUUUACACGAUUCAGUGGUUCAUAAUAUUUAUAGCAGGGUCUCUCACAAUGAUCAACGUGCUGGUAGAACCUUUCAAGAGCUGUGAUGCUGUUAGAGACGGUUUGGAUAUUCUUCGUCUAAUAGAAAGCUGUAUGCAUGCAUGGUCGAACAUUGUUUUUCUACGAAUUUACAUGAAAAAGAUUGCCAUUAAUCUCAAUUCCGCGAUCGACGACUGGUCGUCUUCGUCUAUGAAAAAAGAGUCGCGCAUGGUGAUGAUGGAAUAUGCACGUGCAGGACGUCUAAUCGCCCUGACUCACUUAAUCGUUGGAACAACAGCAUGCUCCUUAUGGUUCAUAUCCGUCUUCCUCAGCAAUAAACAAGAGGCUGCAAUUAUAGAUAAUGAUACUGUAGCUACGUGGAAUUUUGUCAUUCCAUCAACGUGUCUGUACAAAGAGAUUUCGUAUUCCACGUACAAAAUAUUGUUUAUAAUGCAAGUAAUACAAGGAGCUUUGAUAUUGAUAUCAGAAUGUGCUUGCGACAGUUUUUUCUUCGGCAUUACUAUGCAUCUUUGCGGUCAACUAGAACUUUUGGGGAUACAAUUUACGAAGAUUAACAAGAUACAUUACGACGAAAAGCGUCAUAGAAAUGUUUUAGAACCAUUGGUCAAAAGACAUUGCCAGUUGAUAGCAUUGACCAGGAAUAUUGAAGAUGCUUUUAAUAUCAACAUUUUACUACGACUUUUAAUAAUUAGCGUAGUUAUUGCAACCUCAGGAGUAGAGCUUCUUUUAUCAAUCAAGCAACAAGAUUACAAGGAAAUGAUAAAAAUGUUCAUGUGCAUUCAAUUUUAUAUGAUACAAACCUUUUUGUAUACGUAUGCCGGCGAUACUUUGAAGAAUCGAAGCGAGUCAAUUGUCUACACUAUAUACAGCAUCGCAUGGGACGAAAUGUCACCUGUCAUGGUGACAAUUAACAAAUCAGAAAAUCCUCAAUAA